GAUGCAAUCAAAGCGAUUGCGAUGUUAUCUUACGUUUACGAUUACAAUGUAUUGACACCUACUAAUAUCAAGAUAUUUACGAAUAAAAUUUGAUGAAUAAAUUGAUCGUGGUGAUAGGCUAGAUACACUUUUAUCAAAUGAUUUAUUACAUUCCUUUUAACUUGUGUAGCUUUUAGGUUAUGUUUAUACAUGGUUCCAUAUUUUUUUCGUAUGUGUCAAUAUCGAGAAUGAAUAUAACAAUUGUGUCUUCGUUGGCAUAUGAAUACUUGUAUUAGUGAACAUAAAAUUCGAUAACAGAUGUCGAACGUCAAACGUAACAAUUUGUUAACAAUUUUUAUGUAUCAGAAGGAGUACAAGACGACUGUUUUCCUUUGAAGUAUGACAAGGUCACAUAUAAAAUAUGAAAUUGCCAAAGAUACAGACGAUACAUCAGACUGUUUCCUUCAGCCUGUUCAAGAAUUCUCAGGCACUAUUAAAAAGGAAACAUCAGCUUGGAAAAAAGCCAUUCAAACGUUUAUAUUAAUUCUUAUUUAUUUUAGUUUAUCCGUAGGCUUAACAUUUUACUUACAAUGGCUUUAUAAAACAUAUGGUUUUAAUUUUCCUCUUACCGUGGUAAUAUGUCAUUUAGCAAUGAAGUUUCUCUUAUCUGCCAUAAUAAGAUGUGUCAGAACAUGUUACAAGAGACAACAACAAUUAAAGCUUCCUUGGCAAAGCAUAAUAGUAAUGGUUAUGCCAGUAGGCAUAGCUAGUGGUCUUGAUGUUGGUUUAUCCAACUGGGCACUUUCAUUAAUUACAAUUUCAUUGUAUAGUAUGACAAAAUCAACAACAAUUAUUUUUAUUCUUGGUUUUGCUCUUAUCUUAAAAUUAGAAAGGAAGUCUUGGUCAUUAAUAUGCAUCGUAGUAAUGAUAUCAGGUGGUUUAUUUAUGUUUACUUAUAAAUCAACACAAUUUGGAAUUUUUGGCUUUGCAAUCUGCCUCUUAGCAUCAUUUUCAAGUGGUAUUCGGUGGACUAUGACACAACUGAUCAUGCAAAAAUCUAAAGUGGGAAUGAAAAGUCCAAUUGAUAUGAUGUACUACAUGCAACUAUGGAUGUUAGUGCCUAUUAUACCAGUGAUGCUGUGGUUUGAAGGAUCUCAUCUGUAUAGUAAUUUCAUAACUACCGACUGGAGUGAUGUUCACUCUAUUGCAAUGACUACAACUGUUGUGCUUGGAAGUGCUUUUAUAGCUUUUCAUAUGGAAGUUAUGGAAUUCUUAGUUGUUACACACACUUCUAGUCUCACUCUUUCAAUUACUGGCAUAACUAAGGAAAUAUGUAUAUUAAUUUUGGCUGUUGAAUGGAAAGGCGAUCAAAUGAGUGGCCUCAACUUCAUAGGAUUGUUAAUGUGCCUUGGUGGAAUUAUGAUUCAUACUGUUCAAAAAAUAUUAUCAAAUAGGAAUACAAAAAGUGAAAACAUGGAAUUACCACUAAAUUCUUCUCUAACUAAUAACUUAAAAACCGAAGAGGGGAUGGAUAUAAAUUUGCCUUUGUUAACUCAAAAAUCAACAUCUUUAACAAACCUUUUAAAUGCGGAAUUUAGUUCAGAGGAAGAUGAUGUAAUCAAAGGCCACGAGAAUUCUACUCAGAUACUGACUAACAUAGUGCAACGUAGAGAACAGUAAAUUGUAGACCAUUGAAAUUGGCAUGCAAUGAAACAAAAUUUAUUUAUUAUGGAAAUUAUUCCAUAUCCAAUAUGCAUACCGUUUACUGCAUUUUAUACAUAUUUUUGCAUAUGAAGUUAACUACAAAUCUCCUAAUUAUUUUACUUCCUAUAGAAUCUUCUGAUUAAUUUUCAUUAAUAAGUGUUACUUUCAAAUAUGUAAUUCUUACUAAUGAAUUUCAUAUUAACAUACCAAACUGUUUUCUCUUAUACCGCGCAUAAUAUAAAUAUAAGAAUUUUUAUGUUAGCAUUUAUUUGAUAGUGAUAUUCAAAUAAUGGGUAUAAAAAGAGUAUUGAAGUGUUUAACGUAGAAAGAGGUUAGGAGAACAUUCCUUUCGUAAAUAAUGCUAAUUAACUGUAUUCGGUUGGUUCCUUUCGUCGGUUUAUUUACUACAUGUUUAUUGUAUUUUCCUAUUAUGAUUUUGAAUAAGCGCACAGCAUAAUAGAAGGUAAUAGAGUAUUGAACAUAAAUCUUGUAUGUUGUAAAUUAUUAAUAAUUACGGCUAAAAAUUGAUAUAAUUAAUUACAAUUUAAUUAGUUAAAAGUUUAAUACAAACUCAAAGUUCAGUAUUCUUCUAUAAUGUGCAUAAUUAUGUAUGUAUGUAAAAGAAUGUUUAUUACUUAAUAAUAAUUAUAUUAUGUUUACAAAGCA